AAAUUUACAUGUGCUUGCGUUUAUUUACCGAGCGGUAUUAGGACUCUAAAGGAUGCAGAAGGCGAACCCGUCGGUUUUUUCUCCGACGAUUGUAUCGAAUGAAGACCCAUUUCUUUUUAUUGAUGAAGCCGCGGAGAAGCCAGCUGCUAAGAUUAAGGAUAGUUACAGUGGCUAUGAGGUUGGUUACCAAAACAAUGUGUUGAUGAAUUCUUCAUGUUGAUUCAUUUUAAUACUGCGGCUUUCUUGGUUUACGUAGCGAAAUAUUGAUAGUUUUUAGGUAUCCAGACAUCAAGUAUUUACUUGUAUCAAAUAACGACAAUCUUUUUCUCUAUGUCUUUUUUUAGAGUGACACCUCUGAAAGCGAUGAGGACGAAAUCGAACAUCAGUCGGCUGCCGGCUUUUACCCGAUUCACCCUGGUUAGGAAAAUUUAAGUCUUUAAUAAUUUGACUUAAAGUUUACAUAACCUAACAUAUAUGCCAAGCUGUUUUUCAAUACGAACACCUGACUGACUGAUUUCCAUUUUUUAAAGAAUCAAUUUUUUGCGAAACACGAGACGAUUCGACUUCAAACCGGAAUCAAGUCGUUACCGGAAAUAUCGUCAUUGUGUUGAGGGCCUCUUCGGAAAUAUCCACCGGAAUUUUCUUUGGGGCUGACAGACUUGCAGAGCACUUCUCAGCUAGCCAGAGUGUCAAAACGACGUUAAAAAUUUAAACCGUGUAUAUUUUUCGGCACUUUGGAGAUCAAUCGUACUUUUAAAAUAUGCAAAAUGCGUCAUUGAAUGAAUGUCAAUGAAUGUCAAUGUUUAAUCUGACGGAAAUUGACGUCAAAAUUCUGCCGAGUGCCGUUUGAUUCAACCGGCCGCCAUAUUGAAAAGGUCUCGGUUGCUUUCCGUCUGUAACUUUUUGGCGAGCUUGACCUCCUUUAUGGGAUAUACUCGGAAAUGAGUGUACGAAAGAACGAGGAGAAAGGUAUUUUAGUUUUUUAUUGUUGUUUUGUAAUCCUUUGGGAAUUCAAUUCCGGAACGAUAGUGCUCAACGCAUUUACCACAGUGAUCAUCGACAGGUUGAAUUAUCUAGAGUGAUGGCAGACUUGUUAAAGUCAAUUUAACAACGCUUGCUUUUUCGAUUUUGUGUUCACCUUGCAUAAAAAAUCAGAACGGUCCUUCGACUUGUUUUUAAAAAUUUCUAUUGUUUUGGGGCAAGGACCUUAAGCAGACUGCUUCAUCAAAUUAAAAUGCACCUAAAGCAGAUAAACUUUUUGUGAAUAAACUGAAUGGUUAUUUUGUUGAUAGCUAGGUUUUUGCUUUUUUGCCUGGUACCUGUGUAAUGAAUAUUUUUUAACUUACAUUUUACGUUAAAACAAAUCACUUAAAGAAAUAUGCGAUCACUAAUGCAUUUACUUUUUGUAGACCUAAAUUAGAAACGCCGGUUCUUCAGCAAUGUUUACAUUAGAUGUGAUUUUGCAAUCCCAGCUUGUAAUUAACAUAAAAGCGUUUGUCUCGUCUGAUUUGUUGUUUUUCCAGGCCCCAACAAAAAUAAACAUGAGUUUGUGGUCAUUCUAUUUACAGCUAUGUUAAACCUGAAUCGUUGUUGCGCGUUAAAAAUAUUGAAAUCUCUUCCGGAGCGUUCCUGUGUGAUUUGCAUACGGCAAGGGUUUGGACUCUUUAAGACAAAAAAUAAAUAUAUUUCGAUAUUGUUUAGAACGAAGUUUCAUUCUGCUUUGUGGGUUCUACAGAAACAAGUAUUGGCUUAUUUGCAUUCCAAAUUGCUAAUAACUUGUCUGCAAGUUCUGUCUUAGAAGGAGAUGAAUUAUUUGUGAGAUGUGAGAUUCCGUAUUUUUUAAACAUCCCGUGGACACCUUGGGUGGUUUUGAAUCGUUCUUGGGCAUGGACAUUUCUACGGUUCUGUAGCGACGUAUCUUACCAUAUUCUAAAGUGAACUAUGUCAGGUAACGGACAUUCGGAGCCCAAGGAAGAUAUUGGGGAAGGAAAACGUGUUAAGAGUAGCCCCAAACGAAAAAAAUUCCGUUCUUUUUCCUUAGGUAAGUCAUGUCUCGCAGUUUAGUCGAAAUCGACAUCUUGUAUCCAAUUCUGUCAGCUUAAGCGUUUUUCUAAGUAUUUCCCUUGAUCUUGGAAUAUUUGCUUGAAAGUCAGAUGUUCUCUGUAUGAUACAAAAUAAGUAGGACUUUGUUUGGCGGGGUCUGCUGGUUAUUUUUUUGACAAGCUAUAUAAAUUCAGUUUAUAAAAAUUUUUAAAGGAAUGGAACAUGAUAAGCUUUUACACAUUGGCACACUUCCAUGCCAGGUGACAUUUCUCUUUAGUAUCAAUCCAGAAAUUUAACUUGAUUGUAAUCCAGUAAUUUGGUCACCUCAAUCUCAUAUUUUUUGUGAGCUUCUGUGCGUAUAGUUAGUCUAUAUUUAACAACAGUCUUCAACGAAACUCAUCCCACAGGGGCAUUUGAAGUUAAAAAUAUACAUAACUGCUGUAGUAUUUUAAAGAGAAAGACAUGUGAUAAUGUCUUAUUGAAAUGAAGUUGGUGUCUCAAUAGAGCUACAUAAGUGGCAUAUCAGUAGAGAUUUGUGUGUUGAGGGAAUAUUUAGUUCAUAUCAUCUAUCUUUAAUAACCUGGAAACAGUUUGCCUCCAGGAUUUGGAAACUGUAAAAAUGUUGUGAAAACAUUAUUAUGAGCACAAUAAUGUAUUGUAUUAGAUCAAAUAUUAUCCUGGUUAAAAUGUGUAAGAUUUUGUCGCAAAUUAUUGACAUGCUUAAAUUAUUCUAUUCACUGAUAAAUCCAUUUUAUAGUUUGGCUGUGAUUAUGUAAGGCAGGUAGUUUUGUACAGAUCCAUUUGAUUCACUACAACACUGGCAUCCUGCUGGUUUAAUAACCACAUAAGGUGCUAAAAUUUGCAUUAAAACAAGCUCAUGAUAAAAUCUUGAGGUGUACCAAACUUUAAUUUUAAUUUGCCUUUCAUUUUCUUCUCAACCAAUCUCUCUAUGUUUGUUGUAAUGUUACACACCUUAGCAACAUUCGUACUGAACAAUUUUGUUUAUCAUUCUUUUAUAAUGUUGCUUUGGCACUAUCAAAGUUAAGUGACUUCACUCUCCUCAUAACAGUUUCUCUAGAAACAGCCAGUAUUUCAUUGUGUGUGUAAUUCAGAGGGUGUUUUCAGAAGCUGGUGAAAACAUGCCAACCAAAAUAAUGCUAAAGUUGAAGGCAACAUUUUAUCAAGUUGUUCUCAAAGAAAAGUAGCCUGUCAGGGUGCAAAGAAAAUCAUUUUUACAGCUUGCCCUUCGGGCAAGCUGAAGCUAGCAUUUACUAGCCCAGACGUCAUUUCAACUAGCCUCCAAAACGUUUUGUUCUUCUGUUAUUCAAAUUCCUCAUAAAACAUCACUUGCCUGUUGGGCAAGUUUAAAACAGAAUUCACUAGCCCGAUAGCAAAAUCCACUAGCCCCGGGCUAUCGGACAGUACUUUCUUUACACGCUGCUUGUAUGUGUUAAUUAUUAAUGCCCACAGAAGCCUAUUUAAGACUCCUGGCACCUUAAGUGCCUGUUUGAAACAAGAUGACUGUCAGAUGUCAAAACCAUGAACAGUUUCUAACCAAAAAUGGGGUCGUUUCUUUAAAAAUAGGGUUAAAUUACAGGUGUGAUUGACUUAAAUAAUAUUGAUGAUGUUGUUAGCCAGCUGUGUGGGAGCUGCAGAAACAGUGCCCUCCCACGGUCCCCACAGGAAAAGCUUUAACAUGUUGCAACUGUCGUGUUAUGCUUUUAGUGGCAGAGGGAUGGGGUUCGUUAAUGUCCUAGUUAAAAAUAAUCCCAGUUGUUUCUUACUUCCAAAGGUUAUCUCUACAGGGCUUCUGAUAUUUCGCGGAAAAAAAAACAAAAUUUCGCAGGAUUUUCAGGGGCAAAUUCGCGGAAAAAUCGGCCGAUUUCGCGGGAUUUUUGCGGGAAAAAAGUCAAAAUUCGCGGCACAAUCGGCCGACUUCGGGCGAUUUUCAAGGGAGAGAAGUCAAAAUUCGAGAAAAAUUGGCCCAUUUCGCGGGAUUUUAGCGGAAAAAAGUCAAUUUUCGAAGGAUUUUCAGGGGCAAAUUCUUAGGAAAAUCGGCCGAUUUCACGGGAAAUUUCGGGGGGAAACUUCGCCAAGAAACAAUCAGUAAAAAACAGCCAAUUUCGCUGGGAUUUUUUUGGCAAAUUUGGCUAAAAUCGAUCAAUUUUGCGUCGAUAUGACCAGCGUCGGUGAACGUUUUUGUAGCAGGGAUGAUCAUUUGCUCUUUCAACAUCAGUUCGCUCGAGAAAUGAGCGAAAUGUUAAAGCAAUUAACAUUAUGGUUAGUGCCCAGUUUUUCGCAACGUUCAUCUAAAAACGCCUGGUAGUUUUGGGACUUUGUUUACUCGUUGCAGUGACGAAGUUUCAAGCUAAAUUUGGACGUUUAGGGUGAAUAAAACCGGUCUAAUAGCCAAGAUAAGUAUUAAAUAUGUUUUGCCGAUAUGUAUUUGGAAAUAUUUCUGGCAGAUUUCGCGGUAUUUCGCGUUUUUUUGGGAAUUUCGCGGGAUUUCGCGGAAAUACCUGAAUUUUGCGGGUCCGCGACCGCGCGAAAUAUCAGAAGCCCUGUCUCUAGGUUAGGAGUAGCUAACAUGCACUAAAGCUGGUAAACAGUGUAUACUUCCCAAAAUAAUAAACCACUGCAUCGCGUAGUCGGCUGCCUAAUGAACCCCCACUCUACGUGCCCACAUAAUUUAUUUUAUGAGCAAGGGUUUGAGACAAGACUUACCGGUUUUCGUCCUUAUCUGAGAAGACGAGAAAGUCCAACCCAUUCGCAGAUGUCAUUACAAAGCCAGCACUUUUUCUGCAGUUAUUUAGAGAUCCCAAGUGUUGGUCUGGUCAGGGUUUAACUAGUGGUCUCCUGCGUAGACCAGGGCUUAUUCAAUUGAGCUAGUCGGAUGGAAGCUCUUGAGACUGGUUGGAGUAACCUCUUUGUAAUAAGCCCGGCUGAAGACCUCUGCAAAAUAAGAUAUUUUAAAAUUACAUUAUAUUUUCUUUACAGCUGAUACUGCCCUUCUUCUAGGAAAUUUGUCACGCAAGUCCAACAAUGAAGAUGAGGGUCGAAAUUCUCCAAAAGGUAAGAACUUUUAAUGAUAUUAAUUGUUUUCUUUAUAGAAACUCACAGUAACCAGUUUAUCGUAAGCAUUGCUAAUACAAGUAUUUAAUUUUUGGUGGUCUUCCCGGGUACCCCCUGCACUUCUGUUCCAGCCAAGGCAGGAAGUAUGUUUUUAGACAGUCCAAUUUAAAAAAUUCCUCAUGGUGGGGGUGAAGGAAGUAGGAAUGCUUCCAAACCCCCUUAAAGGGUUUUGUGGCUAUCAUUGGUACUUGGAAGGUUUACGCAUAUUGCAACUCAUGUCUGCUCAUUUCACCUGUGCCUUCCUUACUUUAAAAUGUGGCCAAAAGCAAUCACUGUCUAAAUUUUUGGUGGCAAAUACACUGUAAUGGUUUAGCAGGGCAAGCUGUCACUACGUAAGGUUAAGGUUGGCGUCUAUGAGCAUGACCCCCUGCUACUUUUAUGCAUAGGAAACAAAAGAAAAAUAGAACUAAAAAAUAAAAAAGGAACUUCCUAGAUGUUUGAUUCCCCACUUACUAAUUACAGAUACCCAGCAACUUGAAAUCGUAGUGGUAGCCCUGGUUUAGGAGUAAACCACUAAAUGGUUGUUCUUAUCAACAAAGUAAAUUACUUGAUAAUUUAAAUCAGCUAAGUGUGAAGAGAUUUAGAGCGAGCAUUUAAAGUUUAUUUUUUAAAAAAACAACUUUAAUUAACGUUUCUUGCUAUUUUGCAUUCCUGGCAACUGAUAACUGAGGAAAGAAGCAAAAAAAGAAAAGAUCAUGAAUAUACACUGUCUACGAAGAUUCAAAUGGAUCGAGUCAAAAUGUCUAAGUUUUAAAACAGAUGUUGUCGUAAAAUUUUGUAUAAAAUUGCAUUUUCUUCCCUUUUUUGCUGUCUUUUUAAUGUUUUUGCACUAAGUAUUAUCUUCAUUUUCUAAAAAUUAAAUAUUAUAGUCUGAUUAUAACACAUAAUAAUUGCUGGUGUAGGGUUACAUUUGGCAAUAAAGCCAUUAAUGUAUUCAGGAAGAUUUUAUCCUUUUCUCAUUGUUUGUCAUUUUGAUUGGCUUCUUUUUACCAUAAAGCUUAGAUGGAAUUACAGUGUGCUUCAAUUUCAGCUUAUUCAAAGUUCUUUACUUAUGUUCAGCAAGGAUUUGAUUGUUCGAGGGAACAUUUCUGACAGAAAAAUAAGGUCUUUCUAUAACACAUGGAAAUUAAUUCUGUGAGUGCAAAUCAAUAAUUUCCUGACAGAGCUUGUACAGGUUUAACGUAAGUUAUGGCAGCAAAGAAAACUAAAACAAAAGCAAGAAAACAAGGUAUGGAAUUAUCAUUCUUUUCAUUUAAACUGAAAUGUUAAAUGUUGAUUAAAAUAGUACUCAUUCAUUGUAAAUUCCAAAUAAAACUUUUUUGCAAAAUAAGCUACAAUAGUUCAAGCUGUCCAAGACACAUACUGUUUGCCUCAAAUAUUGAAUAUGAAAAUAUGUCAUAAUAUUCACCAUAAAAUUAUGUACAUAAGUCUUCUCACAGUAUUAUACACGUAAGUCAGAAUAUACUUAGAUAUGUUCAAGAAAAUAAUACAACUUUUAAUUUACCAUAUGGUUUAUUAUAUACUUAUUUGCUUUUUUUUCUUCCAAUAUUUGCCACACUAAUAUCAAUGAAACAAAUGAGUACAGUGAAAUUGAUUUUCUGUGGAUUUAAAAUUAUUAUUGUUUUCACUCUACAAUUUUAUUCUCAUUUCUCAUAUCAGUUAGGCGAUAUUUCUGAUUUAUGUGAAGCCACGGUAAUUUUGGUACACCUUUGCUGUGAGCCAUUUUCAGUGUGCCAGGUGUUGAAAUUGCAAUCAUUAAACAUUUCAGGGUGUCUUGAAUUCAGUGUUGAACAAAAGUGACCAAACCAUUUGGCCAGUGAUAUAAACUAUUGUGAAUAUAUAGUUUAUUAAGGCUGAGGAUCGGACUGCUGUGAUUACAGAUGUGAUGCUUUAUAUUUACAAUAAUACUGAGUAAAAAGCAGUGCAAAAAGCUUUCAUAUUUGACAGCUGCUAUUUGAAAGGAAUAAUUGACACUACUGUAGGAUAUCAGAUGUCAUAUUACUGUGUAUUGCCUUAGCGCACACACAUCCAUAAUACAAUUCUCACGCUUGAUGGACUCUUAGAAACUGUUCAAAAGCUUUGGGAAAUAAUUUUCAAAUCAAAGGUAAAUUUUUGUUUUUGUUUCUGUAAUAAAAUAAAAUCAAGAAGUGGUAAAUAAUUAAUUUUUGCUGCAAAGAUCUACAAUUUAGAUAAAAGUGUAUAAAGUGUUAGCUGGCUUGUGAAUAUUAGGGGAUGAUCUGUAACAUACAUGUAUAAAAAUUCACUAUGACGUUUUAUUUUUUUAGUUAUUAAGCAGGUCUGUCUGAAUGAACUUAAUUUAAAGCAACUUGAUCAGGCUCCUCAAGAAAGCGAGCCGUUUUUAUUGUAGUUUCCAGACAUAAUAGCAGUUUGGAAUUACAAAAUAGAGAGCUUAAAAAAGGACAUUUUUUAGCAACGCAUGUCUAUUGGAAGUAGACUGUUUUUUUUCUUGGACAGUGGUUUUGCCCAUUUUUUCAGGUAAAAUCCUCUUAGUUGAAUGCAAACUUGUUAGCAUCAAGCACAUUAAAAGGGAAAAGGCCCCACAUAAGUUUGACAUGUGAUGCUAAAAAAAUUCCUUCACUGAAGCCCUGUAAAAACAGCCCUGGUUUUUUGUUCUUCUGUCCAUUUAUGGGUUGUUGAUAAAUGUCUACCAAGCCACAUUGACAACGGAGGACAACAGGCCAGCCGAGACCUAUGUAGGCUUACUGAGAACUUUGCUUGAACAAGUGAAAUGAGCUUGUAACUUCCUGCAGGCAUGCACGCAAAUUUCUUCUUAGCAGCUUUACAUCUUCUGUUUUCAAGCAAUAGUUUCCGAUUGAAAUUCUGCGAGCACAUGUGUAGUAUAAGCGUAUGUUGUAACAAACUUUUCAUGUGGCAAUUUUAUCUGAGGAGUGCCACACAUGCCAUGUGCAGUACAAAACUAACUAGUAAUAAAAUGCCAACUGGGAUCUUACAUUGAUAUCAGAUCACCUGGAUUAUAACGCUCUAGGUCUUCUAUUGAGCACUCUGCCUAUAGGCUUUGAUACAUAUCAAAUGGUAUACAUCUUCCUUUAUAUAAACUCCAACAGUGACACCUGUAUCAUGUCAUUGUUUUUGAUCCUAUAUUGUGGCUUGUGUUUAGUUCAAGAUGACUCAGAGCUUAAUUUCAAAUUUGAUGGCCCAAGCUCGAGAAAUUCAACACCACCUGUUAAACAAGACAGAAAAGAUAAAGAAAGGGAAAGACUGGUAAGUACACUUGUCUGUUGGCUUUAAGAAACAUCUUUCUCUACAAUGGCGACAUUUGUUUCUCUUUUCAUUGCUCACCAACUUCUGCCCGGUCCUAAAGGUGGUCAUGGUUGUUAGACGUGAUGUGUCACUUUUUAGGCUUCCUACAUUGUACGAUGUUUUCUCCAAAUAUGUGCUACCCCCAGUGAAGCUUCAUCCCAGCUGUAUUUGGGACAAAUCAUUUAUGAGCACAUUCCCCAAAUAAGUGCCAUACCUGAUGCACUUGGAGAGGUUUCUUUUACAGGUCAGAUUCCACAGGUUACAUUAUUACAGGUCGCUGUUUUAUUGAUAGUUAAGUAAACCAAGUAAGGCCAAUUUAAUGCUUCGUUUCCCAUCACCUGACUGACCCAUUUUUUUGGAAAAGUAAAAAAAACAAAAAUUCCAGAAUCACUUGUAAAGAAGCAAGUACUUUAAUUUACAAGCACAUGAUCUUGUCUUAUUAACACCAAUUUCUUAAAUUAUCAUUGAUACUUCGUUUUUGUAGCCUUUUUAGACAUUUGAUAUUCCUGUUAACCCAUUCGCCCCUGAACCGCCCGUAACCGCCCGUGCGGAUCCAGGUCCUUUCUACCCUUUGUGACGUCAUCAGUUUUAACGGUCAAGGACAACUUUCUUCGCUAACUUGUGCAGAGUGAAGAGAUCUUUCAAACCAUACCAGAAUGAGCACAAUUCAGUCAAGGACACCGGAGAAAGAAGCAAAAAACCACGUGACAAGGACCUGAAAAUCUCCAUGAAAAUCUUGUUCCAUUACCCACCUACCUUUCCUUUCACCUAAUCCUAAGAUCCUAAAAGCUUUCCUAAAAACUCUUCCCACCAAAAUGAAGCCUACUAAAUGCCCAGCAAGAGAAAAAAAAAAUGAGGCAAGAAAAGCGAAAAAAGAAGGGAGGAGAGAAAGCGAAAAGUAAAAGUCAAGACUGCUGUGUCACUUUUAAACCCAAAAACUAUGUCGAAAUUUUGCUUUCUGCGCCUGCCCGAACUUCGCAAGCUGAUAUUUUACAUCUAGAUCAGAAGGCCGCCAAGUGUACGACCUGUAAACCGGUUUGUGGUAAGUUUUAGCUCUUUAUAGCACGACAGUGACCAGAAAACCACUCGACUAGCUUCAAAACGCGUUUUUUGGCAAAAUCUCCAGGAGCGAAUGGGUUAAUAUACAUCUUUUACCAUCUGAUUAUAUCUUGCAGACUAAACGUGAGAUUUGAUAUGCAAUCAUGUGUUCAUUCUUUUUUUUUUUUUGCCAGACCGACCAACCGACCCACCUUCACGAGAGGGAGGGCGAUGGGAAACGAAACAUUUUUUUGGGAUGGCUUAAUUUCCCCUUGAUCAAAAACAACAUUUUGGAUAAGGAUUAGGGCUAGGAGACACUUCUGGUGUUGUUUAAAAUCUGUAGCACAGUGACCUGUAUUCUGACCUGUGGAAUGUGACCUGUAAAAAAACACCUGCCAGAUGCACCUCUGUACUAAGUUACUGAAACUUUUUCAUACUGAUAUAAAAAAUUAAUAUACCAUUAAAUUAAAAGUGCUAUCCUUAAAUAAGCAUUGCCUUUGAGCUGUGAAAAAGUUUUGUAAGCAUUAUAAAUACUUGUUUUUAUGGGGUAUAUUUGGCCUAGUCCUGAAGCAUGUAAUUAAAUAACAUUAAGUUUUCAUCAGUUUUGACCACAUUCGUCCUUGGACUAAGCCAGUAAAUUGAUUAAAAUUGCAAGCAGACAGUGUUGAGUUUUAAAAUGAUGCAAAUACAUUCGAUGAAAUUAAGUAGAUGGAAAUUAAGUGGUCACGGAAGUUGAUAAAAUUAGUGUAACCCCAGAUAAAUGUAGUAUAUGAAUAUUUGAAGAGGUCUCAACUUAAUUAAUAGGUAUGAUAAUUAUUUAAAUAGCAGGACCUUGAGAGGAAACUCUUGUUGCCAGAGCGUUCACCUUCCAUUCCAAGAAAGGCUUCCAAGGAAUCUUUCAAGGUACAAAUAUUUUUAUUAGUGACUAUUUUAUAACUAUGUUAAAAUGUUUCUGUCUAGAGCAAAUUGUACAUGCAGAGGUACUAGUUCUUCAGAUUGCAACCGAACAGUAUUGAUUUAGAUUAAAGGGGUCAUUUCAGAUCAUUUAGCAGAGCUGUCAGUUAUCAGAGUUUUUCAUCAAAGACACUGGGUGACAUUUCAAGAUCAAUGAAUCAAUGUGUGUGUAAGUCUUUCAGCAGAAGUUUUUUAGAUAAGAAACUUCAGCUGCAGCGGAAGUCACGUUUUACGUGUUCAUUUCAAAAGUACAUAAUGAGCCGGGAACUUUUUCAUUCAUUCACCAGAAAGUUGGCCCGAGAAUUAUAAGUUUUAAACGCCUGUUCAGGCUCGUAGUUUGAAAUUUUGGCCCCCAAGGGCAAAUCGUGGGCGCCUCUGGCGACCAGGCGCCCGUUAGGCAGCAGCCUUGCCACUGCAAAAGUUAGGGAUUUGAGCAACCUUCAGGGUUGUCAUUAAGAGCCGGGGGCCGGGGAUUUUCCCCAGCUACUAAGAGAGAGGCCCCCGGCUACUUUUAUUGGAAAAUAAAAGAAAAAUAGAACCAAAAGAAAUCCCUAGCCGUUUGAUUCCCCGCCUACUUGUUGUAUUUACCCGGCAACUUAAAAUCUUAGUGACAACCCUGAACCUUAGAAAACAUCUUGGAUACACUCCUGGGGAAGUCUUGCAUAGGCUCUAACACCAAGAUGGUAACUAUGAGUAAAUUUAGAUUGGAUCACUUCACAAGUGACACCUUGGGCAGUGAAGUCAACCACAGAUUUAGUUAAGUUAAAUCCCUGAUCAUUUUAUGAUCAUAAACCAUCUGAUAUUUGUGUCCGAAGAAUGGAUUUUUUAGUGAAUUUGUCUUUAAUGCGGGCAAGUGAUGUUUUAUGGGGAAUUUGAAUAACAGAAGAACAAAAGGUUUCGGGGCUAGUUGAAAUGACGUCUGGGCUAGUAAAUGUUAGCUUCAGCUUGCCUGAAUGGCAAGCUGUAAAAAUGAUUUUCUUUGCACCCUGUGCAAAGAUAAAAAGUAUGUAAACAUUGCAGGAAAUGCUUUUGAACUGAUCAGUUUUCAUUACAUUUAUGCUUGAGUAGGCAAUGAAAGAGAGCUACAGGCGAGAACAGAAAAGAAGGAUAAAAGAAUUAUCUAGUGCACUGAAAGAUCCCUCAGUCAUUAUUCUUUCGUCAUGGCUAAAGGUGAGAAAGAACUGAUGCUUAAGAAGAUUAGAUGCAUCAAUUAAGUUAAUUUAACAGGUCUGUGUAAUGAAAAGUUUUAAUUUUUCUUGAGGAAUGAGAUGGUAUCAUAACUUUUGUACGUCAGUAUUUGACUACUAUUUAUAUAUUUGUUUUUUCACUUCUUUUAAUUUUUGUUCUUAAGCCACUGAUUCAAUUUACUCUUUCCACGACCUGUAGACACUUUUUAGCUUUAGGACCAGCAGGUCCAUCUUAGGGAGGUGUCUGCAUUACAGGAGGGUAUCAAUGGGGUGGUGGCUUUUACAGUUAUCAGAUAAAAUCUUGUGUGUUUCAGGUGCGUGGAACAUUGAAGGGCUGGGCAAAGUUCUGGUGUGUGAUAAAGCCUGGAAUGCUGCUUAUAUACAAGAGUGCCAAGGUAUUUGAACUACAAUGUAUACAGUUUAUUGGAUAAGCACACUCAAUAAGAUUCUUUGGGUGAAAACAUUCUGUGCUUGUUUUUCAACCUGUAGACCGUUUUGUUAUCCAAACUGUUAAUAUUGUACCAUUAACCAACAGCCCCAGUUCUCCACUCAAAAACACAUUUGUAGUCCAUUAUUAUUAACCCUUUCACUGCAAGAGUGUUUGAUAGAGUUUUGUACUGGUGACUCUAACUUUUAAGUCUGUGGAUGAAAUCCUAUGAUGUGACCAUUCAAAUGAAUGCUCUCUGCCUGUACUUACACAUGAUGCUAUUUGUUUGUCAAAAUUUUAGAACAUGAAAUUUGGAAAUUUGCUCGAAAUUUGCCUUUGGUCACAUUUGGCAGUGAAAGGGUUAAUUUUGACACAUGUUGGUUAAAAAGGGAGUUUAACAAAAACUGUUGAGCCACUUGCAGUCUGCACUUUUUUUGCUAAAUAGAUAGUAACAAACAUUGUGAACUAUCAUUUCUUGCACAGCAUGGGCAGUGGGUUGGCACUGUUCUCUUGAAUGGCUGUGAGAUUUUAGAGCGCCCUUCUAAGAAAGAAGGGUUUUGCUUCAAGAUCUACCAUCCCCUGGAGCACUACAUCUGGGCUACAAAGGGUCCCAAAGGAGAGAUGGCUGGGUCCAUCACACAGCCCCUACCUAAGGAUCAUCUAAUCUUGAGAGCAGACUCAGAAUCUGACGGUAAGUACAUUUUGUGGUCAAGGCAGGAGCAAAUAACCAGGGGCAAGUAACUUCCAUGUGCUCAUUUUACAGCAUUUCCACGGACCAGUUUAUUUUUAGAAUGGUUUUGGUGCGAAAACCAGUCAGCAAAACCUACAGCUAGACCUUGAUAUCUUAUACUUCAAAUGCACUCAUAAGCAUGGCAGAGAUUCCAUUUGUGGAAAAAAGUGCCCUAAAAUAUGUCUAAAAAUAAGCAAGUCUGUAAAAAUGCUGUCACUUAGGCCUAGUAUGGGAAUUGUUCACUCUUUAUGGCUCCUGUUGAGGUUAGCGAGCAGUCCAAGAAGAAUCCCCUCACCACACUCCCCCUUUUUUGUAUUUCAUGGCACAAGAUAAGAAGGAACCUCAGCAACUUAGUUCCGCUAUAAAGAGUGGGAUGUAUACAAUUAUUCCAAUGUAUUAUACCUGUAGGUUUGAGAAAGGCACCCCAACUAGUUCCCUAUAGCAUCUGUGCUGUGUUGUGACCCUUUCCUUUGUAGGUGAUAUGUAUGCCUUAUUUAUAGCUACCAUUCCACCACUACUCCCUCUCCACUACUCCCUCUCUUAGUUUCUUCCCUUUUCCCUCUCCCCAUCUGCUUAGCUUUUUUCUACCCUUAUUUACUCCAUUAGCUUGUUCUCCUGUGAAGAACUUAUUGUGUGAUCAAGCUUAAUGUUUGUGUACAAUCUUUCAUUCUUUUACCAUGUUAUUCUGUUAAAUCAAACUUGAUUUUUAUCAUUACAGGACACUGUUGGUUGGAUGCUUUAGAAGUUGCUCAAAACCAGGGUUACAGCAUUCAAAAGGAAAACAAAGGAAUGUAAGUGUAUGCUAGGGUGCUAAUCAGAUGGCAUGCAUAAAGUUGUUUGCACUGCAAUCAGAGUAAAACCCACAUUUACCUCAGUUGCCUAUUUCUUUAUGAAAAGUGUCGCAGUCAAACACUAUCAAACAUGCCUUAAAAUUAUUGUUACUGUAACACAGCUAACAAAAGUAUGAGGGAUCUGAUCAACAACAGAAACCAAACAGUCAGAAUUGUUGUUGGCCAGUUUGACAGUGUUAUUAACAAUUUAUACUGUGUGUAUUUUGUUUGGGAUCAAGGGGUUCUUUGAACUUUUAUUUUUCAGUUUUGUAAAAAGUAUCUUAGAAAAGCUCCCUCCUUGAACUACUUAAGAAGAGUACCAUAGUGUUUCCUUAAAAAUUGUAGUGGCUACAGCUCACGUUAAUAAAACAUCGACAGAUAAUUUUUGAGUAAGAAUUCACAAAAUAAAUACUGAAAUUUUUAUAAAAUACAAAUAAUUUGCAAUCUCCCCGACUGGAAAGUAGCACUGAAAACUGUAUAAACUUUGUCGCUUCAUAAUCAUUGAGAUGCCGUCAUUGUGAAAUCCACAUCAAGACAUUGAACUCCAUUAUUAUUAAUAACAAUAGGUGCAAGUGAGACUGUUGAUGUACAUGUACAUUAUGUCCAUUACUAAGAUGCCCAUUACAUGUACAUGCACAGAUGAAUAACAAUGAAUAGAUCAUGCCAAGAGAGAAUAAUGCCACAGAGAGGGAAAUGCCUGGUGUAGCCCUUGGGACUGAUGUGAAUUUCACCAAAGUUAUUUUUAGACCAAUAUACUGAUUGAUUGAACUCAAUUAGAAGUUGGUGUCCUGAGAGGUCUGUAACCUGUUAUUCAGUAUUGUCAACGGAGAAAAUUGGGACAUUAUGCUCUCUUGGUGUGUCACCAUAACAAUAUUCUGUAUUGUUUGCUUUGAGCCAGUCGCACAGUGACAUUUCAAACAAUCAAUUAAAUUGAGUGGAUGUCCAAUGAAUAAGACUUCCGUUUAUAAAAAAUUACAACCUCUUGAAAUAACUUAGAAGAAAUUCACACUAACACACUAGGAUUCACUCUUGAUCAUACCCUGUAAUAACAGCGUUAAUGAUAAUGAUGAUCAAUGGCAGGUUGAGUGAACUGUAUGGCAAAGAUGACAAAGAGGACAGGGAUGAUGAACACGGGCUUCCUGGUAAAACAGCUAAUAAUGAUAAUAAGUUUCCAUUUAGUCAUUUAUGUACUCUAGGAUGUCCCUAAGAGCUGGCUGCUGGCUAUAAUAUCACCGGCUGAAAAAGAACCUACCACCAGUUCAAAUAAACUGCCAAGGAAAACAAAGACGUGGGGUAAUUUUGAAGGUGCAGUUGAGUAAAAAAGCUGGCUUGACUAACAGAAAAGCCUGCUUAACCUUUCCCUAGUACUUACAUGCAAUGUACCAGACAGCAUUAAAUGUUGUGCAGAGGUUUUUGUAAGGGAUGUCUGCUUGUAUGAGCUGUUAAUAUUGAAAUGUUUGAUUGAUAAAAUAUUACUUUACUUUUCUCUUGUUGUGUUUUUACUUUCCACUUGUAUCCAUUUUUUUGUCAUUUCACCGUUAUGUUGCCUGGUAAUGUUUAACACCUCUUGUUUCUUUCUUUAUUCUCAGAUCGUGAUGAAGACAGCAAUGAUGGAAUGGUUAGUUCACAUAAUUUAUUUUUUAAACAAAGUAAGUUGACCAAAAACAUGGUUAACCAUGAGAUUACGAAGUCUUACUCUGGUAUUUUCUUGCUUUCUUGUUGACUGUUUUUAGGACAAGUCUGACUCUGAUAAUGAAUUAGAUGACACUUUAGGUCCCCUUGAAAAAGGUGGGUAGAUCAGAUCAAGACAUAACUGUUGUUGUACAUCCUAGUCACUUAUGUCCAGAAAUGCAUGCCAGUGCAAAAAUAGUAAAAAAAUUGCCAGAGGGCUGGCAAUUCAAUCUUAGUUUAAAGAAAAAAAUUGUGGUUUUCAUAUCAAGCUGCAUCUGAUUAUUUUGAAUUUAGUUGUUUAGGGUGAUGAUGAUUAUUAUUUUAUUCAUUGUUUAUUAUUAUUGAAUUAAGAUGAUGUAUUGCAUUUAUUGCAGAUGCUAAUGAAGAGAUUGAUGAUGGGCCAAUUGUAGAAACAGUUUAUGUGACGGAAAAAGGAGAGGAGUACUUAGGACAGGUAAAUUAUAUUACUCCAUUGAUAUUAUUAUUAUUUGUCAUAUUUUGAGAUACCAAAUUACAUUUAACCUAGAAAUAUUUUAUUUUCUUACUUGUGUAUACCACAUUUUGUAACUGGAAUGAGCGCCACAUCCGAUUAAGCACCACCCUGCAAUAAGUGUUGCCUCCCUGAUAUAAAUCAAAAUCAAAAGACAUUAAUUCUGUUAGUUUUAUUUGGAAAAAAAUAAUACUGUAGUUAAUACAAUUCUUUGUUGCAUUCAACUUUCAAAUAAAUGCCACCCUCAAAUAAGUACCGCCCUCAAAUUAGUGCCACAAUAAUUGAGGCAUGUAAAAUUUAAUAAUUGCUGCGGUACUGAUUUGAGUAAAUACAGUAAGUGCACAUCAUAAACCUUUAGUUUUACCUUUUAAAUGAAUUCUAUCAAGCUCUAUGUUUUUCAGUGGAACUGUCUAAAAGAGAAAGGUUUUUAGUUGAAAGUUGUUUAGUACUAGCUGUUUAGGGAUAAUGGUUUAACUUUGGGGUGACCAAAAAAUGAAUGUUCUUGACUGACACUGGAGUGUUUACCUCAGGGGUCAGUUGUUAAAAGAUAAGCUUCACUGAAUCCUGCUCUGAUUGUAAUUUUAGUGUUCUUUAGCUAUUCCAGUUGAAUCCAUUUCAAGAACUUAUUGACCAAUCAUUUUUAGGCUGGUGAAGCUUUGGAGGAGAUUGAAGAUGAGAACAAGAGUAUUCUUUGGGCACUUCUGAAACAGGUCAGCUUACAUUAAAGUAUUAGUCUAAAGAGUUAAGAUGCUGUAAAAGCAGUGCCAGUCAAAAGUUGGAGUGUCCAUGGCAAUUAAAGUACCUAGUAUAAUUUUUGCAUCAAUAAGAAGAUUGAGCUGAAGUUGUUGAAUCGAUCACAGACUAUUAAAUCACUGUCAGUUUUCAUUGGGUUUUUGCAGAUAGUAUAAAGUUGGUGAAAAUGUUGUAAGUCUACGGUGUCUACAUAAAUGCCAUGCUUUACAUGUAUGUACAAUGAACCUUUUUCAUUGUCUCUCAGGUUAAACCAGGCAUGGACCUCUCUAGGGUAACUUUACCAACCUUUAUUCUGGAACCAAGGUCAUUUCUCGACAAGCUGUCUGACUUCUACUUCCAUACUGACAUUUUAUCUAGGUAACUAAAGAGAAUGUUGUUAAAUACAUUUUAGCGUUUGUCGUAAUGUAAUGCAGAAUUGUGUAUGGGAUUUGAACGAAUGCAGUGUCAUUCAAUUUUCAUUUUAAUUCACUUGUUUUUGUUUAUGCUUUUCCUUUCCAAUAUUUUUUUGUUGGUAUUUCAAACAUUUCACCCUAUGUUCUUAGAGAAACAAUAAAGAGCCAAGUAUAAUACGAUUUGCUUUUGCUUUGGGUUCACAAUACUUUGUAAAAACAAGUUUGGAUUGACCAAAAGUCUAAAUAGUGUUCUCUUAUGUGUUACCUUGGGCAAGCUCCUCUCAGCUGUGGGUUAGUAAAUUGAACCAUUGUUUCCGUUUUGUCUUGCUCUGUACUCUGGUGUGCUAUAACCCUCAACUGAAUUAAGAACUGUGGGACUUAUAACAACUGUUUUCAUGAUGUACUUAACAGAGCUGCUCGAGAGGAAAACGCGUACAGCAGGAUGAAAGAAGUAGUGAGGUGGUAUCUGGCGGGAUUCUACAAAAAACCAAAGGUUUGUAGAGAAAUUUAUAAGGCCGUAUGGUAACAGUAUAAUGAGUAAUGUGUGUCCAUCCAUAACCUUCCAUGAUCUUAGUCUGUGCAAACAAAUAAACUGUGCUUUUUAUUUUAUAUCCAGGGUUUAAAGAAGCCCUACAACCCAAUUAUUGGUGAGUCAUUUCGCUGCUAUUGGCUUCAUCCCAAUGGCACAAAGACAUACUUUGUGUCUGAACAGAUUUCCCAUCAUCCUCCAGUAUCAGCGUAUUAUGUGUCCAACAGACAGGAGGGAUAUGUAGUCAACUGCUCCUGUUUGGCCAAGUCUAAAUUUUACGGUAAGCUUUGUGUUUUUCCGUUGGUAAUCUUCAGUCAUACUAUGCUCACAGCAGUGUUACUGUGCAUAUCACGUGAAGGGUAAAAGUAAAAGCGCACACGAGCCAAAGGCCCAGACGGCCGGAGCUUAUACCGGUUUCCGUAGCUUGAAGCAUGCCUAGGAGUAUUGCUACUCCCCCUGGACGAGAUGCUAAUCCAUCGCAGGGUUACCUCCCACUCACCUGGGUGAAGAGAGACAAAGUGGAGUAAAGUCCUCUGUCUAAGGAAACAACGCGACGGGCGAGGCUUGAACCCCGGACCUCCAGAUCCAGAGUUCGACGUGUUAGCCGCUCGGCCAUACACGCCUCCGCGAUAUCACCUCAAAAGAGGGUUAAAAUACUCGUUAUUCGAUCUUUCUUACCAUGUCAAAACGGUUAUUAGAAUUUAAACACGUUAUGUUACAUAUAAGCAUUUUUUUCAUGUAACAUAAAUUGGUCUUACCUAUUUCACUUCUCAGAAAUUAUUCUUCCUCAUGAUGUCUUUAUUGAGUUUAUUUACUGUUCUUUUACAGGAAAUUCUUCAUCAGCCAUUUUGGAUGGAUGUGGGACAAUGACGCUGCUAAGGUUUGGAGAAGAGUAUGUGAUGACCAUGCCCUAUGCACAUUGUAAAGGUUAGUUCGCUAAACAGAAUACUUUUUUUGUGGCAGCCGUUUGAGAGUGAAGGGGAAAGGAAUUUUUGCGUGAGAGGGAAGGGGGUAAUAGGGAGUUCCUUCCCCCCCUCGCGCGUCUUUCGCGCUUCUCGAACACCCGAAAUUCCCGCCUUCCCCCUCCCUUUCAAACAAUAGUGCUCUGUUUGUUAACACAACUGACUCUUUGUUUGUUAAUUCAUCUUGCACGCUUUUCGUUUUAUUCUUAAGGUAUUUUGAUUGGCACGCUAACAAUGGAAUUGGGUGGAGUUGUCACCAUAAACUGUGAAAAGACUGGAUACAAGGCUGAAAUCGAAUUCAAGCUUAAGGUAUGAAACUUGGUCUUCCUGUCGUUCUGUAAUAACUUUCUGAAUUAAAUUGACAUAAUGAGGAUUUGCUGGGAAAAAUUUUUAACCAUUAUACGACCCAAACAAAAACCACAUUUCUAAGUGUUUUUUUCUCUUUGAUGCAGACCAUUUUAUAGUGCUUUCGGCUGGAACUUGCUAUUGUGCUAUACAAAAUAAAUUCAUAAAUUCCUUCUGUUACUUAUUAAAAAGAAAGAUAUUAACUACCCCUUUCCAAAUUUAUCACUAUCCGUAGUAAAUGGCAUUAUAGAGAAGUAUAGUAUUGGAAUUUACAGAAUACGGGAUAUAUUUAGGACAGAAAUUUUUGGCAUGUGGGAUAGCCGAGCCCCUAUUAAUAAACGAGGGUUCAUGAUCUGGUUAACGUUUGUUAAAGUGCAUUGAGACUUUUUUGUCCAUUUAUCAGCCAUUUUGGAAGAAGAGUGGAGAGUCGAACAGUAUUGCCGGCAAAAUAAAAAUGGGCAAGGAAACAUUGUGCAGAAUAGAGGGCAAAUGGGUGAGUUAACAAAAAGGAUACUUUGUUGUAACUCCUAUGGAGUGACUGUUUUAAAGAAGCAAAGGUUUCUCAUAUGCUAAAACCUCUGCUCGCAAUGUACAAAUUUUGCAACUCUUGUUCAGGAAAUGUUGAAUAUUGUGUAAACAUGCCAUUUUCAGCGUUGUUAAAUGAGAAUAUAGAUGGGUUCCAUUCAGUACAACAAACUGUAAAUUCUUGAACAACGACAGUCAAUCUUUAAAAAAAUGUUGAAUUUGUUUACUACUUGUCGAACAAACUGCAACAUCGCUCGUAGUUUGUCGAGCAGCAAAUAUUGAGCGAUACUGCCGUUACGCGAACUAUCACAUUCGCAGAAAUUUUUUGACAUUUUUUAAACACAUUCAACUUACCCACUUUUAGCGUGGUAAAAGCUUGAGUAGUCAACCUGGAAAUAAGCUCCAUAAUUAUAAAACGGUGAAAGAAGUAAGCGUUAAAAUGCGUUUGUUUUCGCGUGGUUUGUUGGCAAACGGUAACCGCAGUCAGCCGAAAUAAAUGGCGCGAAAAAUAAUGGUCACGUGGUCACUUUUGCCGUAAAACACACGCCUUCGACAGGCCUUGGGAAAAGCAAUUUCUCUCGCCGUACAUUAAGUCUUUUUAUUUUGAACAAACUCAAUGAAGAAUUCUGCAGUGAUCGUAUUGACCAGAACGUUUCAUAGCAGCUUAAUGACUGUUUGUUUUCUUACGGGAAGCAAGUGAAAAUAAUUAACAAAAAAAUUGUUUCAUUUCUGUCUCAAAAAAAAUCGUGUUAAAAGUCCCAUCUUUUUGUAUUAAUUUCUUACUUUUAUUUCUUUUAUGUGUCUACUUUGCUCCAUUUACGCUUUAAAAAUCACGUUCUUUAAUGCGCUUGUCAGUAAAUAUUUUGUAAUUUAUACGCUUACGAUAGCGAAAAAAGGCCUUUAUACGUUAAGCAGUGAACCUCAUUCGCACCCUCUUACGUGGUAUGCACGGAAACACCAGAACGACACCCGGAAAACUCCAGCAAGCCUGUCAAUCGGUAAAAUGUAAAAAAACAAACAAAUAAACAGAGACCCCAACCCAAUCUGUAAAAUAUUCAUUUUUUCUUUCUGUUUGCGUCAUUCAGUUGACGUGUUCCGGGGAGUUUGGUUUCCUGGGUUUUAAUACAUGCUGUUUCAGUUGCAGGGUUAAAAACCUGGUUGAAUGUCCCACGGUAAAGGAGCAGUCACACAUACAAAUUAAUUUUUUUUUUUAUGGUAAAAAGGCUUACUGUAACUCCAACCACUCUGUUUUUUGUUUGUUUUGUUUUGUAGGAUGGUGAGAUUCUUAUAACAGACUUAAAAUCUCCAAUUCCUGCGGGAGUAAGUAAAAACACUAUCUUUUGAGUUGACUUUCCGACGAAAAAAAUAUAUUUUAACAUCUGCUGACUCAGUUGCCAUCACGUGAAGUUAGCGAAAGUAUUUUAGAAGCGAGAAUCGUUAUCGAUUAUUCUUAGCAGUCUUUUAAAAUAGAAUUUUUUACAAGCGUUUUACAAGCGAUUAGAACCGGUAACCAAUCGACUUCACCUGUUUUUUUUUAGGAAGUGGAACCAUUACCUGAGCUAUUUUGGGACCCAACGCCUGAGAUCAGGAGUCAGAGGCUUGCCAGAUAUUUAGUGGACUAUAACACCCAAGGAGAAUUUGAGUCUGAAAAGUGAGUGCCUGUUGUGGGUCAUCAUUAGGUUGAAUAUGAUUAUCAGGGUUGGUGUAGUCCUGACUGAGAAAGUCGUGUGAACCGGAAUUGGGCUAUUUUCAUUCGGCUUGGGCAGUGGACUUAAAUGUCAACCGGAAGUGGGACGUAUAGACGAUUCUUGGGCAAAUUUGGUUUUGGAAAAUUAAAAUGUUGGUCAGAUCGGUCUUUGAUUGAGAAAGACGAUUAAGCCCAGGGGAGUUUUGUUUCGACUAAAGAAUGGGCCCGUCUUAUGGAAAAUCAAAGGGGCGGAUCUGGGGAAAGGAGCUCACCCCCGGUCGACGCGCGGUUUUCUAAAAACGGUAUUUGCUCAAUGUGGGAGUUUUGUUUUGAGUAGAGCAAAGAAUGGGCCCUUCUUUUACCUUAAGGUCUGGGUCGACGAUUUCUCGGCAUGUGGGCACGCUUUUCUUUAGCCUGAGAAAACAGCCGACAUUUCGCGACGCUACCCGAGGUUUGCCCGCCAAAUUAUGUCUGAGAAACGAGCGCUGAAAUUCCAUACUGAUGACGCGUCACUACUAAGAUCUGGGUAGUGCUUCUGAUUGGUUAAGCAACUUUUCAACCAAUCAGAAGUACUACCCAAAUCUGAGUAGUGAUGCGUCAUCAGUACCGAAUUUCUGCGAUCGUUUCUCGGACGUCAUUUUGCUGGGAAACGAUCGGUAGCGUCAGUUCCUCAUUCAUUUUUCGUUUUCUCCCAUGCGCGUAAGCGUCUCUCGCUCGCACAUAACAUGCUUGCCCGCACAACAAUCCUGAGGGACUGUUUAGCCCAGAUAAUAUUAUCUUAGGAGUCCUGUGCAUUAUUAUCACUGCGUAAUUUUUGCAGGUUGUGGACACAUGUCAGUGACGCUAUCAGAAUGAACGAUCAGGUAAAUAUUGCAUAUGAUACAUGUGGUGUGAUAUGUAACAUCUCAAUAGCAAUGCUUUUUCACCUACGUCCCUCCUUAUCGGUUGUGUAACUACACAAAUACAACAAUUCGCCAAUUGAAGACCCGUCGGUCAGUUAUUCGUCGAUUGUUCCCAUCCCUAGUAACAGUCCCAGAAGUCUUUUCGAAAGUUAACCGGGCCCAGUCUCCUCGUUUUUAAAGUGGCGACCGGGAAUGGAGCAGAAAAAAAAUUGUGGCGGGAAAAACAGCCAGAGAUUUGCCUCGCGUCUACCUUGUGCUUUCUCCUCUAUCUGAAUGCCUUAAACGGGCCAUGAAACUGAAAGAGUGUUCAUUUACAGGCCUCAUCUCUACAACGGCUAUUUUUUUUUGACGGACAGUCCAUACAUUCACUUUUGUUUCAACCUCUCAACAACGGCCAUCUCUCAACAAUGGCCACUUUCUCCUGUCCCCAAGGUGGCCGUUGUAAAGAGGUUCAACUGUAGAUGAAGAUGAAGUGGUGAGAUUGUAAGGCAUUGUUUUUUCUUAAAUAUUCAGGAGAAAGCUACAAACGAGAAGUUCAUUCUUGAAGAGGCGCAACGGAAAGGACACAAAGAAAGGAGAGAAACUGGAGAAGAGUGGAUUCCUAAGCUGUUUGAAAGAGAUCCAGCGGCUCCUAAUGCUAUCAACCGAUGGGUUUACAAAUAUAGAGAGUAAGUACGAGUUUUUCUGCUACUACAGUACGACAGGGUUAGAUUAGAAGUAAGUAACGCCCAAGUAAUAACGCGCUUGCGUAUUUGUUCGAUUCAGGUUAUAUAUCACUGUGUUAAAAGCGUGACACGCUGAAAAUUUCGUUCAAUGUAAAUGUAAAUUUUUUUGUUGAUUCAGUGCUGUUUUAGGUUUACCAAACGCAAGCCCAGAAAAGGCACAUCGUCCAGAGCUCUACAGUUCAUAUUUUGUGGUGGUCAAUAAGUCUCUUGACUUCGAUCGCGAACUUUUUACUGGGUUGUAGACUUCGAGAGGUUCUAGUGAAUCAGUAAGCAGAUACUUUUGUCUUUUGUAUUGCCUCCUCAAUACACUGUCAAUACAUGCACUCCGUUAAGGACCUAUUCGAUAGAUUUAGUAUAAUUGUCCCUUGCCUAAUUCUUUGAUUUCGCUUUCUAGUGUGAGGCCAUGGGACCCAAUGACAGAUCUGAGAGAGUAUGAAAAUGACGGUAUCAUUAAGACUCAGUACCGACUAAAGGCACCAAUGGUACGAACAACAAGUCUACUGAGUGUCCAAGCACCGGAAAUCAAGAAACCGAUGUCAAAACGAAAACGGCCUUCAUCAGGCCGAUCAAGGGGAAGUGGACAGGCGAAGGGAUCACGGCGCAAUUCCAUGGACCGUUCGGGAGCGUCGACGCCGGAUCCUGAAGCCGAGCACUCGAGCAGCAUCGAGGAUGACGAUGAUGAUUCGAGCCUCAAAGAGAGUAUUGACGCAGCGACGCUGGAGAAGGUGUUUCAGCCGCUGAAGGAUUUACAAAAGGAGUGUGUUCAGCAAAUGAGAGCCAUCAGGAGUGAUCUGAGACGACAUUACUCCUCUCAUCAGGACGAUAUCGCCACUUUACAGUUUAAAGACUGGCUUCUAUUGCUGUUAUUCGUCAUCACCCAGGGGUUCUUUCACUGGUACUACAAAAGGUGACCUGUACUGCACUGCAGGGAUACAAUUAAUUCAUUUCUUCACCCUUGGGGAAAAAUUGGGAGAGAGAAAGGUGCCUUCUCUCACCCUUCCCCUUGGUGUAUUUUGUCAGGUGUUUGCCUCUUUUGAAAAGGUACUUGUAUGUAAUUAGUAGAUGUUAAGGUCCUAUAUUUGUGCCCCGUGGGGAAUCUGUUUGGGUUACUUAACGUUAACGCGAUUGGUCUCCUAACCCCCUCCCCCUCCCCAGUGAGAUAGAAACAUCCCCAAUUUAUGGCACUGUAGACAGCGAAGAACGUGCAAAAUACACAAAAUUCAAAAUAGUCCAAAUGACUGCUAAGACUUUUACAUUUUAAAGGAGGAAUUAAAGCUGUUGUGUCGGUCAUUCUGGUGUCUUGUAGACUCAAGAUGAUAUUACAAAAAACGUAUUUUUAUAUCAUGAAGAUGUCUGGGAGAAGUUUUAUGUUCUGCUAGUAACUUUCAGUUUUCUCUUGAAUGAAGCAACAGUUCUCACCCUAAGCGUUUUUAAAUUUUUUUAGUAAAUAAUGAUUCCCACCUGCUUAUGUAAUUUUGAUUUUGCUUAUUUAUUUCAAUAUGAUUUUCACGAAGACCUUGCAUUUUGUCUUAGUUAAAGGAACAGUAAUAUCUAGAAGUAAAAUUGGGAGUAAAAAUGAAAAUUCAUAUUGAACAAACACAUUUUAUAUAUUAAAAAAUUUAAAAAGAAUCCUCAGACAAGCUACACUAAAUGAAAAAAGAGCCUGUCAAUGUUUUCAAUCGCUGUAUACGACACUUAUAAAGUUUCUAAUUGUGUCGCGGUUAUAAAAUUGACCUUCACUGAAAUUUCCACUGAAGGAAAAAUGUUCAGAGUAUUAUGAAAAAUUCAAUAAAAGUAUUUUAUCCUUAUUUAUGAAAAAUAGUGAUCACAAAUUUAUUAUUAGGAGAAAUAAUUGUUAUUCUCAAUAAGUGGUAAGAUUGAGGAGAAACUCUAGCCGGCGAAGCCAAGCCUUUCUUUCAAUCCUAGAGACGUGAGGCUUUUCCUCUCACGUCGUGGGAAAACGUGGACAGUUGGCUGAGGGAUACCUCAGGUAGAUUGCCUAAACACUAUUUGUAACGGGUGAUAUUUGAUGGCAGUGCACUGUUUCUGGAUUAGGAAACAAGUUUUAAAUGAACUAGAGCAUUUUUUCUCCUUUGGGUUGAUCUUUAACCUGUGGCGUUUUCUAAACUUCUCUGUUGCAUCAAAAUGUCCGUUCAGCCUCCAACGAAUUCUGAUUAAUUAGAGCGAUCAAUAAUGAGUGGAACCACUUGUAUUGCUAUAGGGGUCCUGUCGACUGCGUCUUCCAGAGUGACGACGUACUUCACGAAAAAAAAACCCGGAAACGAUGUUGCAAACAGUGCGGUUGUUUCCAAGGCGUCUAGUUGGUUGGGCGUUUUUCCCAGCGUGCGGCGCAUGCGCAGUAGUAUUGUCCGUUUUUUAGUAUGUUUAGGGACAGCAAAAAUAAAAACCGCGGUAUUAGAAUUUUUUGUCGCACUGUCAUUCAAAUUUCACCUUUUAAAGAAAUAUAAAUAGGAUAGUUUUUUGUUGUUGGGUUGACAUUUGUAGUUAGGCAUGUCUUGUGUUAAGAAGACGCCGUUGGUUGGUUAUAGUCGUUGGAACUGAAGUGAACAAAUUCUUACCAGUUUUGUGCAAUGGUUGUUUUUGCCAUAAACAUUUGAAAACCGUUUACGUCGUUUGCGUACAAACUGGGACGCAGAAUGGAACGGAUGCUGUUAAUCUUGUUCUGUUGACCAGAACUAGCUGGGACUUUUGAAACCUGGUGAAAAUAGAUGCAUGAUGUUCUACCGAUAAAAUCCCAGUAUGUUGGUGACAGAGGUAGGUUUACUACCUACAAUAUUUAUAUUUUUUGACGUGCAUUUUAAAUUUCACAUUCUAGAAAUGUCCCGUUUAGGAAUUCAAAUGUUACUGGCAAACAACAGUGAUUGAACAAGGCAAUGUACAAUUAGUAAAUUUCAAUUGAAAUAUGACUCGUUAUUUAAUAGUUUGUUCAAUAAAUCUCCUUUCUGUAUCAUGUUCGUGUGUGAAU